AUGGCUGAUGAAAAGUCCUGUGAAGUCCAGGAGUCUCCGAGCCCGAGCCAUCCUGCCCGCAUGGUCCGCGCAGUGCAGCGGUUUAUUCUGCACUGGUCGCCUGUUGGCCGGAACCAGAACCGUCGCGCCGACAAGGAGCUCUGCGGCGUGUGGCGGACACCGACUGGCAACGCAGACAUUGCAUCGGUCGUUACAGACGAGCUUCCAGACAGUUUGGAAGAGUGCGCGCUUGAGGAGGAACCACUUCGCCACUGGAUGAGGCGCCACUGUCGCGUCUCUGGCGAUGAAGAAAGCACUGCAAAGGUCUCAGCGCAGAUGCAGCCGGAGGAAACACUGCCAGAUGUUCCUCCUGCCGUUCAAAGCCUUCUUGCUGCGCUGAACAUGACGGCCCUCGAACUGGAGCUGAGGCAGCUCUCGGAAUUGGACUUUCUGCAUCAGGCGGACAAGAAAAAGCUCAGGCGCCUGGCACAGGCCAUCACAGCGAAAACUCGGAUGUGGAGGCAGGGCUUCAAGGGAACGGUCAGUGUCUGGUACAGACUGCUGGUCCAGGCCUUCUUCGCUCUACUGGUAUUCCUCCUCCUCAUUGGGACCGUCGCGGCCUUCAUGCGAGACGAACGGGCUUACAACGCGCGAAUGAUUGGGCCCCGGGUAAUUGCUCUCGUGCAACUGUUUUACAUCUGGAAAUACGAAUUCCACACCCUGUGGCUCCUGUACAGCUGGAGUCUGGAGCGGGUGCUUGGUGCGGCGAUAGGCAACCUCAGUUAUUUCUUGGCCGCUGUAUCGCCCGUAAUUGGAGCUGCCUCCGAGAAGCAGUUGUUCAAAAUGACUGUCCUAGCCUUCUCCAUCGUCUGGCAAAUCGGCGUCCAAUUCUGGGAUGCUGUGUGGAACGAGGGCGAAAGAUGGGCGGCCAGAUAUCGCAUCCGUCGUCGACUGAAGCAUCAAUCCCAACCCAAGAAUUACGAGAUCAAGUCGGAUUCUGAGAAAGUGUACAGCAAGAUCCUACAGACGAUCAGAACGUCACAGAGCUACCAAGAAGACAUUGCGGCUGGGGGAUAUAGUCCGGCCAGCUACGACGUCUCGCUGCGCAUCAGAGUGGAACGCCUGCUUCUGUUUGCAAACAAAUAUGCGCUGGGCAGGGCAGCGGACCAGGACUUCCAGCUGUUCUCAGGUAUGCUCGAAGAGUUCGUCAACGUCUUUCUGGACUACGAAUCCUGCCUUCGUCCGCCGGGGGUAGAGUACGUUGACAAUGGCUACAAGGCUCCGCGCGGUCCGAAAAUCGUGCUUGUCGGUGCGGCGACGGUCAUUUUCGUCGUGAGCUGCUACUCAUUCAAGGACCAGGAGCUGACAUUCAACACGGUGGUCCCCUACUCCGUGGUUGUCCUGAUCAAACAGUCUCUUGCGGCGUGGAAACGAUACUAUUCGGUUAGGGCUGCGAACCGCAUGUUCAGCAACAUGGUUGCCUUCAACAUCUGGGCUUUCUUUCUCGUUUCGUUGCCGCUCUUGAUAGAUGAGCAGGUCUUUGACUCGGACUUGUGCAUGGCAGUACUCACGCUGGCUAUGACUUUCGCUACGUGUUUCCUGACGGAGCCAAUCGCCCCUACCAUCCAGAAUCUGAUGGAACUGGCCUUUCCGCAUCAAUUCUCUGGAAAGAGUUGA